AUGACCUUUAACAUGUCUUCUCCGGCGUUCCAAGGCGCCGACCAUAUCGUCGGUGUUUUAAAUUCCAUUACUUCUUCUUCCUCCUCUUUCUCCUCGCAAUGUUUUGCUCGACGAACGGCAACACUCUCUGUUCCGACGGAAUUUCCUCCGGUGCCGAAGAAGAUCCCAUUCGCGGUCUCAACUCAUGGGAUCACGAGGCAAGAUCCUUACCGUUGGAUGCGGAAUACGGACGACGCAGAUUUCCUCGACUACCUCGAGCGUGAGAACUCGUACGCUCAAGCUUUCAUGGCUGACACAAAAACCCUAAGAAAUGAUCUUGUUGAAACAAAUUGGCUCUCUGGUCUUUUCCGUGGAGGAGAUGAAGAAGUUGUACUUGACUGGAAUCAAAUUGCAGAGCAGUAUGGUUAUGUUCACGUUGGUGUUUGUCGGGUUUCACCUGAUCACAACUAUCUCGCGUACACGGUUGAUCCCAAGGGAGAUGAACGUUUCCUUCUCCAAAUAAAGGAUCUGAGAAGCGGUCGUUUAGUUCCGAGGUUGGAAGCUGAUGGAGUCGUAAGCUUGGCAUGGGCUUUAGAUGGAACCACCUUGUUUUACACUGUUACUGAUGAAAAUCAAAGACCUCACAGGCAAACACAGGUUGUUGUUACAAAUGUUGAGUCAGACGGGACAGCUGAUACUGUAGUGUUUACCGAAAGAGAUUCCAGUUUCUGUGUAGACAUAACGACCACGAAAGAUGGCAAGUUCGUUACCAUCAAUUCGAACUCAAGGACUUCAUCUGAGGAAUCAAUCUUUUUUCAAACUCUCAGUUUAGUUUAUAUUGUAAAUGCUGAGAAGCCACUGGGUGGCUGGCGAAGAACUCGUGAACGAGUCCCUGGCGUGCAGUGUUUUCUUGAACAUCACAAUGGGUUCUUCUACAUUCUCACAAAUGCUCCUGCAAAUGCAACUAGUGAGUGGUCUGGUGAAGGCUACUAUUUGACUAGGUGCUUAGUGGAGGAUAUUGAAUCAUCCGAAUGGCAGACUGUUUUUUUCCCAGAUGAUGAUGUCGUGAUACAAGAUAUGGACAUGUUCAAUGGCUACCUGGUGCUUUUCCUCAACAAGAAAGGCUCACCUUCGCUUUGUUCCAUUGAUACGCCCAUGAAAGCAAAUACAAAGCGUAUGGAGGAUCUUGAUCCAUGGUACUUUCCUGUUCCAGCUGAUCCAUGCAGUGUUGCUCCGGGUUCGAACCACAGCUUUCAAAGCUCAACAUACCGAGUGGUGCUUUCAUCUCCUGUGAUUCCUGACACUAUCAUCGACUACGACGUGUCAAGAAGAUCAUUCUCAGUCGUCCAGCAGGAGGAGGGAAGAGUUAUAGACAACUCUGAUAGUAGUAAGCCAUGGUACUCUGCAGACAACAGCAGUGAGGGACAAAAUGUUCAGUUUGACAUAUCUGAUGCAUAUGUUUGUGAAAGACGAGAAGUUUCUUCGCACGAUGGAGUUGAAGUCCCACUUACAAUUCUGUAUUCACGAGAAGCGUGGAAGAAGAGUGAAUCCCCUGGGAUAUUGAUAGGUUACGGUGCAUAUGGAGAAGCUCUGGACAAAAGCUGGUGCACAAAUCGGUUGAGUAUGCUUGAUCGUGGUUGGGUUAUUGCCUUUGCUGAUGUGAGGGGAGGAGGUGGUGGGGAUUUUUCAUGGCACAAAUCCGGAACUGGAUCGUUGAAACUAAACUCAAUACAAGAUUUCAUAUACAGUGCGAAAUAUCUAAUCGACAAGGGAUAUGUGCAUAGACAUCAUCUUGCUGCUAUUGGACACAGCGCAGGAUCUAUUCUUCCAGCUGCAGCCAUGAAUAUGCACCCGAGUCUAUUUCAAGCUGCAAUUUUAAAGGUUCCUUUUGUAGACGUGUUGAACACAUUAUCGGAUUCAAACUUACCUCUCACACUAUUGGACCAUGAAGAAUUUGGUAAUCCAAACAUCCAAACCGACUUUCGAUCCAUCCUUAGCUAUUCACCAUAUGAUAACAUACGCAGAGAUGUCUGCUAUCCGUCAAUGCUUGUCACAACUUCGUUUCAUGACUCAAGGGUUGGAGUAUGGGAAGGUGCGAAAUGGGUGGCUAAGAUAAGGGAGAGCACGUGCCAUGAUUGCUCACGAGGUGUGAUUCUGAGAACAAAUAUGAGCGGAGGCCAUUUCGGUGAAGGUGGUCGCUAUGCUCAGUGCGAAGAGACUGCCUAUGAUUAUGCUUUUCUUAUCAAAGUUAUGGGUCAUCACAACAAUGAAUAG